AUGAGCCUUGUAAACCCAGCCCUUGAUCCUUUCUCUUUAGCUGAUCCCACCCAAAGGGCAGACUGUGGCCAUGAAUCUGGGGAUCAUCUAUGUAUCUCUGUGGACAGUUGGUGGGCUGACCUUAAUUAUUAUCUCUCUGCAAUACCCUUCCUUGCUAUGGUUGAUUCUGGCAUAAUGGGAAUAUCAUCAGACAAUGUCACCUUUCUGUCACCAUCCAAGGAUCAGAUGAAUUUUUGUUAUAAUGUUUCUAGCUGUUAUUCAUCCUUUCCAGAUACAAUGAAAAAAUGGAAUAAAUUUUACCAGCAGAUAAAGUCGUAUUCUAGAAACUUUGAUGACCUCUUGAAGUACUUAUGGGUUGCACAUGUCUCAUCCUUGAAGGUUGCUCGUAAAAAAUUUCACAAUAGGUUACAACAUUACUCUAAACAAGAAGCAGAGUUUAAAAGCAGCAGGGCUUUGUUUGUGGAUUAUUUAGCUCCACCCCUCUUCCCUUCAGCUUUGAUUAGAACAUAUGGACUCCAGAAGGGCCUGCCAACACAAAUGCUUGUUAGUGGGAAUAAAGCCCCCUUCAUCAGUGACUUUACAGGCUUUCAGAACACAGCCCUGCUUGGUGUAAAUUUUCUCCACAAAGUGUAUAAGUAUACAGGGAAGUGA